GCCUCCUCACCCUGUCGCCCUUUGUCGCCUUGGCCCCUUCGCUCUCGACCCUGCCCUCCACUUCCCUUCAGGCUGGACUAUGGACUAGCCUUACCUCGCCAGCACCAAUUUAGACUAGCGCCUUCAGACCCCAUCCGUCUGGCUUUGUCGUCUGUACCAUCUCACCUGUUCACCUCAACUCUGUCCAUUCAGUCAACCACCCGCCUCCAUUCAACAUCCUCAUCAAAUUCAACCCAGGCCCUCCUCCCCGUCUCCUCUCAGGGGUUUCCUCCCUGGCCACCCCGAAUGUCCUCUACUCCUGCCUCACUCAGCCUUAGCCCCAGACCUCUCUGUCAUGGCUCCUUUGUUGCCUCUACAGCUGUCCCCUGACUUCCAGUCAGCCUUCUACCCCAUCAGUGCCAAACCCUAGCCCAGAAUUCCCUCUGCCUCUGACCAGAGACACCCUUCCAGCUCUGUUCUGGCAGUCUUUAGGAUGGGGCCUAGCCUUCUCCCUCAGCCUGGCCAUCUCCUUUCUCAUCCAGCUGGUCUGGUCUCCCCUAGCCUUCUGCUUUCCAGCGGAUUACCCUGUUCUCUUAUGCCCUGUGCUCUUCUACCCCGCCUACCCUCAGCCUAUGGCACCCUCUCCACCUUUUCUUCCUCAGCAGGUGCCCUGGCAGAGUCAUGGAGCUGAGCACAAAAAAGAAGCUUCACGCCCUGUCCCUGGCUGAGAAAAUCCAGGUGCUGGAACUCCUGGAUGAGUCCAAAAUGUCCCAGUCAGAGGUGGCCCGGCGCUUCCAGGUCUCCCAGCCCCAGAUCUCACGUAUCUGCAAGAAUAAGGAGAAGCUGCUGGCAGACUGGUGUAGUGGCACAGCCAACCACGAGCGCAAGCGCAAGCGCGAAUCCAAAUACAGUGGCAUCGACGAGGCUCUGCUCUGCUGGUACCACAUUGCCCGAGCCAAGGCCUGGGAUGUAACAGGGCCCAUGCUGCUCCACAAGGCCAAGGAGCUGGCCGACAUUAUGGGCCAGGAUUUUGUGCCCAGCAUUGGCUGGCUGGUCCGCUGGAAACGCCGAAACAAUGUGGGCUUUGGGGCUCGCCAGGUCCUUGUCCCUCUGUUCCCUCCUGAACCACCUCCCCCUGGGCUUCCAUCCCAGGCCCAGCCACCUCUUUCCCUUAAAGACUUCUCACCAGAAGACGUUUUUGGCUGUGCCGAAGUGCCCUUGUUGUAUCGGGCAGUGCCUGGCAGAGUGUUUGCAUGCGAUCGGUUGCAGGUACUGCUGUGUGCCAACAGCAGAGGCACAGAAAAGCGAAGGGUAUUUGUGGGUGGGCUCGAGGCUGCCCCGAGAUGCUUCUUUGGGGUCAACAGUGAGGCACUACCUGCCUCUUAUCACCCUGAUCUAGCCAUCCCCUGGUCAGAGUGGUUGGCACAGUUUGACCAGGACAUGGGACAGCAGGGCCGACAGGUAGCCUUGCUGCUGGCUGCCGGAGUGGCGGAGGAAUGGGCCAGCCUUCCUGGACUUCACCACGUGCGACUCCUGCCUCUCUCGGCCUCCAGCACCACACCUUCCCUGCCUGGCUCUGUGGUUUUGGCCUUCAAGGCCCAUUACCGUCACCGUCUGCUGAGCAAACUGUCUGCCAUGCAGAGUGGGGGAGAGGGCACCUCAGUGGCUGAAGCCAGGGCCAGCAUCACGGUGUUAGAUGCUCUGCAUAUGGUGGCAGCAGCUUGGGCCAAGGUGCCUCCUCAGCUCAUUUCGAGCAGCUUCGUUCAGGAAGGGCUCGCUCCAGGCGAAACACCGCUGUCUCUGGACAAAGACACAGAAACGUCUCCAGUCCCCAGUGGGCUGGGUCAGGAGGAGUUUUCCCGCUUUGUGGACCUGGAGGAUGAGGACCCGGGGCCUAGAGUAUGCAAAGAGGAAGCUGGUACUGAAGAUAACGGGAGGGAAGAGGAUGGCUUUGAGUCCCUGCCCACCAAAGCUGAUGCCCUGAGGGCACUGUGCACCUUGAGGAGGUGGCUUGAAUGUAACAGCGCCUCUCCAGAGCUCUUUGAAAAAUUCUACGAUUGUGAGGUGGAGGUGGAGCAGCUCUGCUGUCUGUGAGGAAACAUGGCAGCCUGCAGAAUCGCCCUCUCCUGUUUCCCAUGGAAACGCCUCUCCAGAGGCAGACUGGCUCUUUCCCGUGGAAAUACCGUGUGGAGGGUGUAGAAGGGAAGGGAGUUGGGACUCGAAGUCUAAAGUCAAGAGUAAAAGUUGUUCAAGCCCAGACCCUGGAGUCUCCAGAUGGGGCCUCUCGAGGGGAAUCUGGGCUGUGUAGCUUCUCGGAGCGCUCUGGGGGGAGUUAGUGUAGAGAGGCUGGAACCUAGAAAAGUGGACUUCUGACAGGUGG